GUCAUCAUUCAUUCAAUGUCAGUCAGUCAGUCAAUCAAUCGCUUUGAACUUGAUAACCUAACUUUCAGUUUUUAUUUAAGAAUUGUAAAUUACAAGCACUGUGGUGUUAGUUACUGAUUUCGUGGUCAAUUCCAUAAGCAUCUAAAUUAACCAGAAACAAUGUCUGAGCAGCAAGUAGCUUCAGCCCCAGCGUCCGCAGCCGUAUCGGCCGCCAGUGUUGCAGACGAACAGCGCUCUAGCAGCGGGACCGUUGCAGGUAGCACUUCUGGCAGUGCAGUCGGUUCAACUGGUCCUGAAGAGAAAUUAUAUGGAGGAUGUGAAGGUCCCAACGCCAUGUAUGUGAAACUCAUCUCCUCGGACGGCCAUGAGUUCAUAGUGAAGAGGGAACAUGCGCUAACUUCAGGCACUAUCAAAGCUAUGUUGAGUGGACCUGGACAGUUUGCUGAGAAUGAGGCCAACGAAGUCAACUUUAGAGAGAUACCCUCCCACGUUCUCCAGAAGGUGUGUAUGUAUUUCACAUACAAAGUUCGUUACACAAACUCAUCGACGGAAAUCCCUGAGUUCCCGAUCGCCCCUGAAAUUGCUCUCGAAUUGCUGAUGGCUGCUAACUUCCUUGACUGUUAAAGAGUACAGCUUUGUACCGGUAGAUGGCGUUAGUGCGAUGGCCACCAAAGAGGUUGGCUGAGAAUUAAAGUAUGUAAUUAAAACUUAAAAGCUGUCUGAAAAGAUCUCUUAAAAUAUUUAGGGUUCCUCACUCAUGUAUUGUAAUAUUGUAAUAAAAGAAACAUUUUUAAUAAGUAAAUUAAUUGAAGUUAUUAUUUUUUUAUUUAGCAGACAGUGUUAUUAGUUUUUUUCGCCAUACCUUUUAAUUACUUGAGUUGUCAUCGCAACGUGUCUCACUAGCGCCAGUGAUCAAAGCGAUCACACUAUGAGAUCAGUUCACACACAAUUCGUGUGAUAUUUUGUAUUUUAACGGUAGGAAUUUAUUACGAAAAGCUACCGACACUCCUAGGUAAAUAGUGGAUUAUAUAUGUACUGGUAUCAGAUGUUUAUAUUUUUACUAGACAGGGAAGAUAACAAGAAAUAGCAAGGUUAGCUAAAGGUAAUUAACUCUUGAAUUUAAAUGAAGGAAUGUAAUUAAUGAAGGAUUUUCUAUGUUCUAAUUCUCUAUUUUUUGCUUUCUGUGGUGUAGCACAUCUGUAAUAAAUUUUUGUACCCCACUUUGCUUACCCCGUUUAGAGGAAUAACAUGGCAGACUUCAAAUUAUAAUUUUCUCUUUAAAUUUGCAAACGAUAUUAAACUUAUGUUGUAGUGAUAUUUUCGAAUAAUUGGAUUAUCCUGGAUAUGGACAAAAACUAAUGUUGAAAUUAGUGUAUUACUUUUGACGAGCCUGCGACUCCGGUGGGCGUCCAUAUGCGGCGCUGAUCACUUACCAUCACUUAAUCCGUGUCCGUGUUUGCUUCCCAUACCA